CCGGGGCGCUGCGGCUGCCGGAGCGGAGUCCCCGGGGACCGGGCGGCGGCGGAACGGAGGCGCCGGCUCGGCGGGGCAGCCCGGACGGGCGUUGGCGGCGGCACCGGAACCGGCGCGCGGGGAUGGAGCCGCUGCGGGCGCUCGAGCUGUUCAGCGGCCUGGGCGGCAUGCACCAGGCGCUCAGAGAAAGUUGCAUACCCGCAGAAGUUGUUGCUGCUGUUGAUGUGAACACUACUGCCAAUGAAGUCUACAAACACAAUUUUCCAAGUACACCUUUGUGGGCAAAGACAAUUGAGGGCAUAACACUGAAGGAGUUCAACAGAUUAUCUUUUGAUAUGAUUUUGAUGAGUCCUCCCUGUCAGCCAUUUACAAGAAUUGGCCUGCAAGGUGAUGUAUCUGAUCCAAGGACAAAGAGUUUUAUUUAUAUCCUUGACAUUCUCCCAAGGCUAGAAAGACUGCCAAAAUACAUACUUUUAGAAAAUGUCAAAGGAUUUGAAACCUCUUCUGCCAGAAAUGAAUUUGUACAAACUCUAGAGGCAUGUGGGUUUAAAUAUCAAGAAUUUCUCUUGUCUCCAACUUGUCUUGGCGUUCCAAAUUCUAGACUGCGAUAUUUUCUGAUUGCAAAGCUUCAUUCAGAGCCAUUUUCCUUUCAAGCUUCAGAUCAGAUAUUGACAUAUUUCCCAGAUCAGGAGUCAAAUAACUCAGUGAAGUACAAAGUUCCUCUAGGCUUAGAAAAGGACAAUUCAUCCACACUUACUGAAGAGGAAAACCUUGUGCCAAACUCUGGUUUUGAUUGUGGUGAGAGGCAGUGUUCACCAAAGGAAGCCUUUCUUUUUAAACUUGAAACAAUGGAAGAGAUGAAAAGAAAGCAGAACCAGGACAAUGAUUUCUCUAUGCAAGUACUAAAAGACUUCCUUGAAGGGGACAGUGAAGAAAUGAGCCAGUACUACUUGCCACCCAAAUCCUUACUUCGCUAUGCUUUCCUAUUAGACAUUGUUAAACCCACCUGCAGAAGGUCCACAUGCUUCACAAAAGGGUACGGACACUAUGUAGAAGGAACAGGCUCAGUGCUGCAGACAGCAGAGGAUGUGCAGCUUGAGUCAGUGUUCAAAUUUAUUGAGACAUUAUCAGAAGAAGAGAAGCUUAAGAAACUGUCAACGCUAAAAUUGCGAUACUUUACUCCUAGAGAAAUAGCCAAUCUCCAUGGAUUCCCUCCAGAAUUUGGUUUUCCUGACAAGAUAACAGUGAAGCAGCGCUACCGUCUCCUAGGAAAUAGUCUCAAUGUACACAUUGUGGCUAAACUGAUUUCACUCCUGAUCAGAUGAUUUUGAACCUGAAUUUGAUGAGGAGUACUUCUGUCAGGCCUGCUAACUCAGAAUAUAACUUCCUUUGAGUAACAUAGUGACUCUGAUAGCAGCUUUACAAAAAUCAUUGCUAACUCAAAUCUCUGUCUGAAAUGGCUAGAUAUAUCCUGCUGAACAUUGUAUUUGAACAUUUGAGCUGAUAUUUGUGUUUGAAUAUUUGAGCUGUUGGAGCAUACAGGUGCACUAUUAAAUGUAUACUGCCAACA